UUCUGGGUUUUGGUUUGUGUGUUUUAAUCGAGGUUUCGAUACGAUACGAUACGGCUUACUUCGUCAAGUGUUCGAACGUGACUGACACUGAUACAGAAAUAUUGACCAACAAAAAUUAAAAUUAAUAAGAGAAGGAAAAAAAAGAACAAACAUUAAGGAUAGAUAAUUGGAAUAUACGAACGAUGUUAAUACCAGAAAAAAUGGAGUAGGUAGCGACGUAAAUGAGAAGAUAUGGAUUAGAAACUACAAGAGAUUAGGUGGAAAAGGAAGGGAGAAUAAACAAAAAGAAGAAUAUACAGUAUAUUAUGGAGGAGAAAUAAAGCAAGGAAGGAAUGACAUACCAUUUAUGGUUAGUAAAAAAACAGCGACGUCAUAGAAUAUAAAUUAUAUGGGGGAAGAGUAAGCUACUAAUAAUAAAAGGCAUAAAUGCGAACAUGGCAAUAAUAAAUAAUGCACCAACUAAGGACUAAUAUAGUAAUGAAGAAAAACAAAUAUUUUAUGAGACAAUAGAAAACGCGCAUGCAAAAAUACCCAAACAUGACUCUUAUCAUAUUGGGAGAUUUUAAUGCUAAAAUAGUAAAUAAUGUAGCGGAAAAAAACACAAUACACGAAGAAUCAAAUGAUAAUAAAACAAGAUUAUGUAACCUGGAGAGAAAUAUCUUAAUCGCAAGCACAAAAUUCAAGCAUAAAAAAGAGCCUAAAGUAACAUGGCUACGACCAGAAAUGAAUAACGAAAAUCAGAUUGAUCACAGAGAGGAGCAAACGUAGAUACUAAACACAUUCUUCUGGUAGCAUCCAUAAGAAGCAACCAAUGAAUCGGAGGAAAAUACGUGUGCGGAAAAAAAAGUGGAACCUGGAAAACAUAAAGCUUAAGAAAGAAGAAUAUUAUUUGUAGUUUAAGAGAUUAGAAGAGGUACACGGCAGCAUAAGUAUGUAUCAGAAAUAUGAGGGCAUAGAACCGGAAAUAAGAGGGGCAGCAGAAAAGGUUAUCGGAGUUGGAAAAAUAGCAAAUCGUAAUGGAUGGUUUGAUAUAAAGUGUGAAAAUGUAAUUAAAAAAAGAUACAAGACUAGAUUGGCUAAGGGCAGGAGAGGAAUAAGAUCAAGAAACAUAUACAAAGGCGAGAAAAGAAGGAACAAAAAUAUAAAAAACAUGGAAUGGAUAUAUUAAAUUUUGACAGGAAUAGAAAACAGUAAAAAAUAGUAGAAAAUUAUUUGCAAGUAUAAAAAACCAAAGAAAAAACGCAAAACAACAAAAAUUGUUAAAAAACUUACUAUCGGGAAAGCGAGAGGAAGACCAUAAUAUGGAAGAGUGUUAUCUUGGUGAGACAAAUGAACAAAACAUGGACGAAAUUAAAGAAACCCCAACCUAUGAAGAAGUAAAAGAAGAGGUCAGUAAGCUAAAAGGCAAAAAAGCGGCAGUACCAGAUGAAAUAUGUGGUGAAAUGGGAAAAGCAGACUUAAUAGAACACCUACUUAGACUGAUUAUUUAUAUAUGAAAGGAAAUAGAAGACUAAUUUGGAUUUAUACGAGGAAAAUGUACUAUAGACCCAAUUUAUACUAUGACGCAAAUAUUAAAGAAUGCCCACGAACAUAAAAUGGGCCUCGGUUAUUUAUAGACUUCAAACAAGUCUUUGAUAACAUUUG